GCGCGUGGCGGAGGUGUGUGGUGUUUGGAGGCCGCGUUGUGAGUAGCCGGUUGGUGCCGGUGGUUACUCCGCUUGCGGCUGCACCUCCUGUCUGCUCCUCCCCGCCUCCCUGCCGUCAGGGACAGGGUCGGUACCCUCCACCGGUUGCCUUCAGGGCCCCCUGCGGGGUGUGUUGGUGUGACUCCAGCACGUCCCCCCGGGUCCUGCUGGAGAUGUCUGGGGCGAAGGAGAAGAAGCGGGCCAAGAAGAUGAGGAACCAGCCUGCCAGCGUCACUCUUCCUGCAGAGCCGGGGCUCUUCCCCGGCGGCGGGAGCAGAGCUUGCCCGACCCCAGGAGAUGUUCUUUCUGAGCACCAGUAUCAGCAGCAGAAAUUUUUGAAUCGAUCAUCUGGGCCUUCUUACAGGAAAGACCAGUAUUUUCCAAAAGGGCAAAAUAGAGGAGAGAGAGGCAGAGGAAAAGGAGAAUGGCAAGGAGGACGCCAGAACGUUUCUGAGGAAAUGCCAAGAUACAUAACAGUGUCUACUUUUGCUCAAGCUCGUGCUGCUGAGAUCAGUGCCAUGUUGAAAGCAGUUUCACAGAAGUCUUCAAACUCUAUGGUUUUCCAGACUCUCCCGAGGCACAUGCGACGGCGAGCAAUGAGUCACAAUAUUAAACGCCUACCCAGGCGGCUCCAAGAGAUUGCCAAGAAAGAGGCAGAGAAAGCUGUACAUCAGAAAAAAGAACAGUCAAAGACUAAAUGCCGCAAAGCUAGAAGGCGCCACAUAAAUUUGGUAGCAGAGUUUAAUCGCAGGCAAAGAAAGAAUAUUUGGCUGGAAACACACAUUUGGCAUGCAAAGAGAUUUCACAUGGUAAAGAAAUGGGGAUACUGUUUAGGAAAUAGCCCUACGGAGAAGUGCUACAGGGCUUGUUACCGAGCCAUGACAAAACACUGCUUUCUUCAGGAUUUAUCAUAUUAUUGUUGCUUGGAGUUGACUGGUAAAGAGAAUGAGAUUCUGAAGCCACUUGCUCAAAUAUGUAGCAUUGACACAGGGUUAACAUUUGGAGAGGCAGAUUGUCUGUCUGGAAGAUUUGAGGGUUCUGUGAAUCUUUACCGAGCAGAUCGCUAUCCUGAGGAUAUGCUCGGUCCUGUUACAUUUAUUUGGAAACCCAGGGAUGGGUCAGAAAACAGACAAUUGUGGAUCUGGAUGCAUCCAACUCUUAAACAGCACAUACUGGGAGAGUUAAAAGCAAUUUUUCAGUGUUUGGAGCCUGAAGAAACCUAUAUUCCUGAGCCUGCUACAACAUCAGUUCAAGAGGAAAAACAAAUGGAUGUUGUUCUGAGUGUUGGCAAGAAAAGAAAGAAGGAGGAUAAAGAAGGAGAAAAAGCUGUGCCAGUGAAAAAAAUAAUUGGUGACGGCACUAGAGACCCGUUCCAGUCCUACACUUGGAUUUCACAGACUACUGGUGUUGUGAUCAGUGAUAGAAGCAUGGAGAUUCUCAGAUAUAGACUGAUUGGUCCAUUGUCACACUCUGUCCUUACAGAGACCUUGAAAGCUGCUUCUCUACAAACAGAAAUGGCAGAUUCAGAAACAGAACUGAAUAACUGGUGGGUAGAAAACUGCAAGGACUCUGAAAAAGUAUCUCUUCAUCAGUGUCAAAGUGCUAUCUUUGAGCUAUUAGAAGGGAUAAGUUCACCAUCACAGCUGCCACCAGGUACAAUACUGGGCCUCACUGUUGGAGAUCCUCGAGUCAAUAUGCCAAAAAAGAAGACAAAAGCUAUGCCAGACUUUGAAAAAUACCAAGAUAAUGAUAAAGUUAGGCAGCUGUACCUGGAGGGUGUACCUGUAGAGUGUGCUCACAGCUUUAUCUGGGACCAGGACAUCUGUAAGAACGUCACCGAAAAUAAAAUCUCGGAGCAGGAUUUAAACCAUAUGAGAGCUCAAUUACUGGUACCUGGAUCGCACCUUGAUUUGGGUCCUUGUGAAUCUAAGAUUCCCAUACUCUUGGUGCAGCAGCCAGGGAAAAUGGCUGGAGAAGAUCGACCAGGAUGGGGAAGUGGCUGGGAUAUCUAUCUCCCAAAGGGCUGGGGCAUGGCUUUCUGGAUUCCUUUCAUAUACAGAGGUGUACGAGUUGGUGGCUUGCAAGAGGCUUUAAAGCAUUCCGAAUAUCAAAGAACACCUCACACUCCAAAUGAUUUCCCAGACUGCCAAGCAGGAAUGCAGUUUGCCAAAGAACUGGAAACCAGUCUUCUUGAAAAAUUCAAACGACGUCCACCUGCAAAAAGGCCAAAUUAUAUCAAGCUGGGUACUCUGUCUCCUUUCAUCAUUCCUUGGGGGCAGCUGACAAAGAACUGGGAAGAAAGAAUGAAAGCAUCAGGAGAAUUUGUACAUUCUUCUUCCCCACACUCUGAGCACUGUGCAAUUAAAGGUCAUAGCUUUUGUGACCCCAAAGCAGAAAAGAUGAAGGAAGCUUCCCCUGAGACUAGUGAAGUAGAGGAGACUAUGGAAAUAACAAGCUCUGAAGGUAUCUUGAAGACAGAGGAUGUUACAGGCACCCAAGACAUCGGUGAGAGAGAUGAAACGAUGGCAAGAAGCGAUUUUAUUGUUCUCAGGAGUGAAAAACUACUAAUGCAGUUAUCAGCCUGGUGCUAUCCCACUGCUGGAAAAGAUCGGCGAAUCCGCCUUGUAUCUCGACUAGGACAGAAGGAAAUGACUGAAGAUGUCUUUUUGCCAAUCUUGAUGACAUAUCCAAGGGCUCUAGUGUGGGUCAACUUGUCUCUCUUGAGAAAAGGGAGCCCUGAAUUACAUGCCAUGAUUUGCAUCCCAACAGAAGAUGACUUACUGCAUCUAAGCAAAGACAAACUCUUCUGUGGUCCUCAAGAACCCAAACAUCAUGAUAUAUUCAAGCAGAAGGUACAGAAAUUAAAAGAGGAGAAGAAGAAGAAAAAAAAGGGUAACAUAAAGACUCUAGAAGGUGACCCUCCAAGUGUUCCAGAAGAAGAAACAGCUGAGGAGCAUGAAGACCUCAUUCUUGGUCUUUGGUCAGAUGCUCUCCCAGAUGUUACUUCCCACUGCUCCAGAACUCUAUUGGGAUAUGUUACUCGAGGGGAUUUUUCAUUGGCUGCAGGCUGUGGAGAAGCCCUGGGUUUUGUUAGCUUGACAGGGUUAGUUUAUAUGUUGCACAACCAGCCAGCAGAUAAAAAAGGGCUCGUUUUGUUAAGAACUCCGGCAUCUUUACAGUACAGAUUUGCAAGACUUACUAUUGAGGUUUAAUUAUCAUCGCAAUGCAGUAGAAUGCCAAAAAUACCAAAGAACGCCUGUUUUGUCCUUUGCAGCCUUUCUGCUGUGUGUCAGAUUUGUGGUGAUUCUGAGACCCAACAAUGUCUUGAAGAUUAUGAAAUAAUUAAGAUCUUUGUAACAUUAUUAAUGAAAAUAACUAAUGCAUAACCAGUAUUACUUUGAUGUCUACACUGCUAAGGAUUCUUAACAGUAACAGUUCCGUUAUCAUGAUCUUAUUUAUCUCUAAAGUGUAUUGUUCAUCUCAAAGCAGCAGAUAAUAGAACAAUACACAGGAAAUCAUUCUUCUCCUUUUAGAAAUCUUCUGUUCAGGUGGAUAGGAACUUUCUAGUGCACUUUCACAUGUGACUGCAUGCAAUCUGGACAAGGGUGUAUAGCCAGUGGCUUUUCCCAAUUCCUUGUGUCUGAAUAUGUGUGGCUGCAGUGGAACAGAGCUACAUAGCGCAGAAAGGCACUUACUGUGAUGGAAAAGCUCUAUGCUUAAAUAAAAUGCAAAUUAAAUAUAGCCCAGCUAUAUAAUCCUGAAUUAUGGCAACUGGCACUCUUAAAUAGGGAAGUGUAUCAGUCUCUAGUCUGAGAGGAAAAAAAACCUGUUCUUGAAAGUUAAUGAGCUUUUCAGAUGCAAAUUGCUGGUGAUGGGUCAGCAUACAUUUUCUCUUAAUAAAAUUGAGAUAUUUUGGUUCCUUAAAAAACGAUAUUAUUUUUGUAUGGAAUGUGCUAGGCUUCUUAAUGGUAUGGUUUAUGAAUGUUGUUUAAACAGUCUGAAAACUUGUAUGCUGGAGGGGUGAGGGAAGGAAGAUGUUUGAUUCGACUGGGAUGGUGUGGGUUGGUUUGAUUUGGUUUGGUGUUUUGUUGGGAUUUUUUAAUGAUAAUUUUAAGCUUCCAGCCGUUCUUGAGUUGUGCAGCUUGAGCACAAGUUUACAAUAAUUCCCUGUAGUUUAGUAGCAGCAUGAUACAAAUACAUGCCAGUUGGUAGAAUUACCCUGAAAUGAUCAUGUACCAAUAAAAAUGUAAUUA